AUGGCGACCGAAGCGAACGGCCAGGCGCCGCAGACCAUCCAAGAAGGCAAGGCCAAGAUCAUUGUCCCCGAGGCAGCGUCCACGGCGGCGGGGAAGAAAGAGCAGGGCGAGGUGCAGCAGGUCUUCUACAACCCGAUCCAGCAGUUCAACCGUGAUCUGUCUGUCCUGGCAAUCAAGACCUACGGUGAGGAGAUUGUGGAAAAGCGCAGGGCACAGCAGGCCAACAAGCGAUCCAAGAAGCGCAAGCGCGCAAAGACAGACGACGCCAGCAAGGACGACGGCGCACACCCUCAAGUCGACGAGCGCCAACCUGCGCCGGAGCCCGAAACCGCGCCUGAGACUGGCGAACCGGCCUCAACUGUCGCGCCCGACUUCAAAAUACUCGAUGCCCUCUCAGCAUCCGGUCUGCGAGCGCUACGCUAUGCGCACGAGAUCCCAUUCGUGACCGAAGUCACGGCCAACGACCUGUCCUCGUCCGCGGCCAAAAGUAUCGAAGCCAAUAUUGCGUACAAUGGGUUGCAAGACAAGAUCAAGGUCACCAACGACGACGCACUGGCCCUCAUGUAUCGCUCCAUAGCCGACAGUCUGUCCCUGGCCGCCAGGAAGCACCCUGGCAGAGCGUCCCCAGACUCGAUCAGGUGGGACGUGGUCGAUCUGGACCCGUACGGCACGGCGGCGCCAUUCUUCGACGCGGCCGUGCAGUCUGUGCGCAGCGAUGGUGGUCUCCUAUGCGUCACAUGCACCGACAGUGCAGUCUGGGCCGGCCACAGCUACCCCGAAAAGACAUACUCCCUAUACGGAGGGACGCCCGUCAAGGCGCCCUACUCGCACGAGUACGGCCUUCGCUUGAUCCUGAACUCGAUUGCGACGGCAGCCGGCCGAUAUGGCCUCUCCAUCGAGCCACAGCUGUCCCUGUCGAUCGACUUUUACACCAAGGUCUUUGUCAAGGUCACAAAGUCGCCAUCGGCGGUCAAGUUCCUGGGAGGAAAGACGAUGAUGCUCUACACCUGCGAUCAGGGGUGUGGCAGUUUCCAGACACAGUAUCUGGUGAAGAACAAGGUCGCCGAGAACAAGAAGGGCUCGGGUCACUUUUACAAGCACACGCUCAAGCAGGGCCCCACGACAGACGAGCACUGCGCACACUGCGACACCAAGACACACAUCAACGGUCCCAUAUGGGGCGGGCCGCUCCACUCGCCAGAAUUCGUCAAGAGGCUGCUCACCCAACUGCCCGAGGCCGAUAAGACAGUGUACGGGACGAUCCCGCGGUUGGAGGGCAUGCUGCAGACCGCCCUGGAGGAGGAUUUGCCCUUCCCCGAAGGCUCCUUUCCACCCGUGAACCCCCGCGACGACGCGCAUGCCGCUGUUGAGCCAUAUCCCUUCUACGUGGACCCGCACAAGAUCGCCAGCGUUCUGUGUGCCGUGGGCCCGUCGACGGACAUGUUCCGCGGUGCCCUGACACACCUCGGCUACCGCCACACGCGCAGCCACUGCCGCGCGGGCAGUGUCAAGACGGACGCGCCGUGGUCGACGAUAUGGUGGGUGAUCCUCGAGUGGAUUCGGCAAAAGGCACCCAUCACGCCCAAGAAUGUGCGCCCGCGGACGGCUGGAUUCAGGAUACUGGAAAAAGCCGGGAUCCUGAAGCUCAACGAGGCCGGCGAGGUGGUGGCCGCUGGUCCAGGAGCGCUGGUCAAGGACGGGGACGAUGUGCAGAUGGAGGAUAGCAAGCUUGUGGAGGCCGCGACCAGUGGCCAGGACGAUGCCGCCGUGGCGUCUGUCGCUAAUAACAAGACGGACGUUGAGCAGGAGGGCGCAUCUGCAGCCGAGGACAAGGAGGACAAGGCGGCGGCUGCUUUCAAGGAGGUCGAGCUGCGCAAGACGCUCUUGUUCAACGAGGAUCUGGCUGCGCUGGGCCGCCGCAAUCAGGGGCAGAAGAAGCUGGUGCGGUACCAGACAAAUCCACGCGAGAACUGGGGGCCAAUGGUCAAGGCGAAGAGGCAGUGA